CAGUUUAAAAAAUAUACGGAGUAUUUACCCACAUUAAAAAAAAUCAAACCAUGCCUAAAGGCAGGUGACAUUUAUUUACUCCACCGCGCAGUCGCCCACGCGCCCCACUAUAAAAAGUCACCCAGCCUUCGUCCAUCUUUCAGUCACGCUUUCGGCCUCCUGCAGAGCUUCCCAAUAGAUUUUACUCGAAAAGCUUCUAGGCUAUGGCUUCAAAGAGGAUUCAGAAGGAACUAAAAGAUCUGCAGAAGGACCCGCCAACUUCCUGCAGCGCUGGGCCUGUUGGCGAAGAUAUGUUCCACUGGCAAGCUACUAUUAUGGGUCCAGUUGACAGUCCAUUUGCAGGAGGAAUAUUUCAAAUUACUAUUCACUAUCCACCAGAUUAUCCCUUCAAGCCACCCAAGGUCUGCUUCAAAACCAAAGUCUACCAUCCAAACAUCAACAGCAAUGGCAGCAUUUGUCUCGACAUCCUCAAAGAGCAAUGGAGUCCGGCACUUACCAUAUCAAAGGUGCUGCUCUCGAUCUGCUCCCUCCUCACUGAUCCAAACCCGGACGAUCCGUUAGUGCCUGAGAUUGCUGAGAUGUACAAGAGGGACCGAGCCAAGUACGAGGCUACUGCUAGAGCUUGGACCCAGAAAUAUGCCAUGGGUUGAGCUUCGGCCGCUUGCUGUCUAAGUAGUCCUAUGUCAUUAAUAAGUGUAAUUACAAAACAUCUUAACAUUGGGGUUUUUAACUUUUAAUCUAUUUUGACUGGUGUUUAUCUAUUAUGGAUAUCAAUGAAUGAAUGAAUGGAAAUAGUCUUUUUACUUUCAAAUAGGAAUUAAAAACCACGAGACCCUUCGGUCCAACCAACUCCACUACCACCAAAUUGAGAGUACAAAUGCACAAUAUAACAGCACCACAAUGAUAUCUAGCCCUUAACAACACUACGAAGGCACUAGAAUCAAAAUAGAUGAACAAAAGUGCAAGAAAUCACCAAAAAACAGCAGCUGGUGCGAAGCUCAUAACUUGAGAUUGAACCGUUGAAAUUCGAUCUCCACCGUUCAGAUUGAAGCUCCACGAGUCCUUAGACUCCUCCAAAAAUUUCAGCUCGAUCGGACAAGAUUUGGACCUCCGAUCGACCAAAAAACCAGGUCUGCGUUUUGAAGAAAAUGGCAGCGGCUAUCUCCCUUCUUGCGGCUGUUUUUCUCCCUUUU